AUGUUUAUCAAAGUCAAGUUACAAUGGAACGUGAUGAUUGCAGCUAAAAACAUGGACGCGAAAGGGCUGAUUUUAAAGAGAGCUAUACUCGUAGAGUUACUAGACGCAUUUGCUUCCAAGAAAGCAACCAAGGAGCUUGGCUACUACGUGGCAGUGACAAAUCUGGACAAGACUGGAGAAGGCAAAAUCAGGGAGCACACGGGUGAAGUUCUGUUCCCGGUGGUGUUCAGGGGAAUGCCUUUCAAGAUCUUUAAAGGAGAGAUAAUUCACGGUGUGGUGCACAAGGUUCUGAACCACGGUGUGUUCAUGAGGUGUGGUCCUAUCGAAAAUGUUUACCUCUCAUACACGAAGAUGCCGGAUUACAAGUACAUCCCAGGAGAGAACCCGAUCUUCAUGAAUAAUAAGAUGUCUAGGAUUCAGGUUGAGACUACGGUUAGAAUUUUGGUGAUUGAAACGAAGUGGAUGUAG